AAAUCGGAUAUUCGUACGGCGUACCGGUCAGCCUCUGGUCCGCGGCGUUCCUUCCAAACCACGAAAAGCAACGUUUAGGGCUCGAGCCUCGUGUCUGAUCUCAUAAACCUCAUAUUCUAAAUCCAAUUUUUCAAGACGCAUUGACUUCAUAGGCAACAGAUCUUACUUUCGCUCUCUCUACAAUGGACGAGUCCUACACAAGCCUCCCCACCAGUCAUCUGCUUGGCUCGGUUCCUGCUGCGAUCAACGAAGAAAAGAAUGCUUCAAACUAUGAGGUCCCUGGAGCAAAUAUGCAAAUAUUCCCUCCCAAUAACGGAGGAGAAAGAGGGAAGGGUUAUCAAACUCUUGGAAGUCCACCUGAAGGAUUUGAGCAACAACCGGAAAAUGGCUGGAAAGGGGUGUUUAGUAUCUCAUCAUACACACAAUAUUUCAAUGUCGAUACAGACAUUGUCUUAAACAGACUGAUGAGUUCUUUGUAUCCCAUUGGCGGAGACUUUUUUAGCAAGAUUGAUGCUAACCCUGACCUAUAUGGGCUUAUCUGGAUAUCCACUACAUUGGUAUUUGUGCUUGCUGCUUUUGGAAAUUGUGCCACCUACCUCAUGGAGAAACACAGUGACAGCACUACUUCAUGGAACUUUGAUGUGAGCUACGUAAAUUUGGCAGCAGGUUCAGUCUAUGGCUAUGCAAUUGUGGUGCCAGUGGCAUUUUACUUCUUGCUCCAGUAUCUAGGUUCAAAUGCCAGCCUUGUUCGAUUUUGGUGCUUGUGGGGAUAUUCUCUCUCUGUCUUUGUUCUGGCCUCGUUUCUGUUGCUCAUCCCGGUCGAGUUUCUUCGGUGGAUCAUUAUAAUUCUUGCUGGUACUGCCUCAGCAUGCUUUGUAGCCCUGAAUCUCAGGUCGUAUACAGCUGGAAGUGAUCUUUCGUUGAUGGUGGUUGCUGCAUUUUUCUUGCAAUUGGCUUUGGCAAUCUUCAUCAAGGUCUGGUUCUUCCCAUAAGCUCAUGCAUUGGGGCCUGUGCGGUGACCAGAUCUGAAAACAGUGUUUCCUUUGGUCGAGAUGGGGAUUCGCCGGAAGGAGAGUUUACUGUGUGUUGGGAUUACUCUUACUCACUUGGUUGCAUUUGUAAUUUAGUAAAGAGUCUCGACUCUUGAGCCAAAGAAAGGGAGAGAGAAUUAUGAGGAGUUUAGUACCUUUGAUGAGUGGGAGUGUUUUUUGGCACCGGUUUCAGAAACACCAACACUACCGAGAGGAGAGAACGAUACCAUUGAAAUUUACCACGUUUUGACCUUGUAUAGAUAUACUCCUUAUUUUUAGUACCCUCGAGCAGCAAGCAUUCAAGGCAAAUAUAAUUAUCAACAAAGCUUGUGCUCGAAGCUGAGCACUCCCAA